AUGACAAAGAUUAGAGCCCUUUUAUAUUUGUCUUUGCUAUGCCUUUUUGCUUCUGUACAAUGUUACAGAGGACAUGAGAAUAACCCUUUUGCAAAACGUAUUAAGGCGCGGAAUUUGAGAAGGGCGUCUAUUUUUCAGGAUGAGAUUCAGAAAGUUGAGUAUUCACCGGUGUACAUUGGACCCCAAGAUGGACUGAAGGAGGCUGACAAGGUAGAAUCAUUGCCAGGGCAACCUGAUGGAGCAACUUUUGAUCAGUACUCAGGUUAUGUCACCGUUGAUCCUGUUGCUGGAAGAGCACUUUUCUACUAUUUGGCACAGUCCGAAAAUUCAUCUAGCCAGCCCCUGGUUCUAUGGCUAAAUGGAGGACCUGGUUGUUCUUCGUUUGGAACUGGAGCAAUGAUGGAACUUGGGCCAUUUAGAGUCAACAGUGAUGGCGAAACAUUAUCCCAGAACAAGUAUGCUUGGAACAAUGAGGCAAAUAUGUUAUUCCUGGAAUCCCCAGCUGGUGUUGGAUUUUCAUAUUCUAACACAACAUCAGAUUAUGUAACUGGAGAUUCGAGAACUGCAGCUGAUGCUUAUACAUUUAUGAUGAACUGGCUACAGAGAUUUCCCGAAUACCAAACCCGGGAUUUCUUUAUUGCUGGAGAGGACUAUGCAGGACACUAUAUUCCUCAAUUAGCUCAACUAAUUCUUCAAAACAACAAGAUCACGAACCAAACUGUCAUUAAUCUAAAAGGAAUUGCUAUUGGAAAUGCAUAUAUAAACGACGAGACAGACCUGGCUGGAAUCCUAGAAUAUUAUUGGACACAUGCUCUAAUAUCUGAUGAAGUUCAUAUGGGGAUCACCUUGAAUUGCAACUUUACAGUAGGUGCAAAUAUUUCAGAUACAUGUGGAACCUAUCUUGAUCAAAUAAACACAGAUGGUAUCUUCCCUUACGAUAUAUAUGCCCCUUGGUGUGGCUCCUCAAUUGGUUCACCAUCUACAUCAAGAUUUGAUCCGUGCACAGAUACGUAUAUCAAGUAUUGUUACUACUGUCCAAAAAUGGCCAAAAUUAUUACUCUAACUAAUUAGCCACAUUAACCUUGUUGUAGCGAAUUAAUUGAUAAUCAAUGGACGGAUUCCCCAGAAACGGUGUUGCCUAUUAUUAAGGAACUCAUGAGCAGUGGCAUCAGUGUUUGGCUAUACAGCGGAGACACAGAUGGUGUAGUGCCAGUGGCAGCAACACGAUACGCGAUAGACUCUCUUCAAAGACUUGUUAAAACUCCAUGGUACCCCUGGUACACUCAAGCUGAGGUGGGAGGAUACGCAAUUGAAUAUGAAAAUCUGACAUUUGUGACGGUAAGGGGAUCAGGACAUUAUGUUCCAAGUUACCAGCCUUCUCGCGCUCUAACUCUGUUCUCUUCGUUUUUGGCUGGAGAGCUUCCUCCGGCACACAAGAACUGAUCAAGAUAGCUUUGCUGACUGGAGUCGA